ACCCCCGACCCCGAGCCCGACCCUCCUUCUCCGACGGUUCGAACCCUAAGUCUCUACUAUCAGCGGUAGCGCAGUGCAGUGGCCGCUCGGACUGCAGGUAUCCUUCCCCUCUCUCCUCGGCGGCGCUCGCGGCAUCUUUCUCCUUGGCGUCGGCGGCGGACCUUCUUCUCUGUCACCGAGGUGAGGUGACUAUAAAGCUCAAAUCUUAGCGAAGAAACGUUGAAACGUUGUCUUUUCCAUUCUCUGAAAUCGAACUCAUUUCUUGAAGACUCUCACCAUCGUUCUCAAACUGAUUUUGAGAUUUUUGAACAAAGCUUCUUGGACUUACAUUCAUGGAUGCCAAGGCUGCAAAAACUGCUAGGGAAUCUCUUGACCUAGCGUUUCACAUGUCCAAUAUGCUUGACACAGGGCUUGAUCGUCACACCCUUUCUGUGCUCAUUGCUCUCUGCGAUUUGGGUCUCAACCCUGAGGCUUUGGCUGCUCUCGUCAAGGAACUCCGGACAGAAACCAUGUCCUCUUCUUCAUCUCAGACUUGAAUUGAACAGGUAAAGAGUGCACCAGAAUUGGGAAAUGAAUUUGAGAGUCUGAUUAGAAUUUCCCAAGGAGUUGUCAAUGUCAUAGAUUGGUUGAAAAACAAGAAUGACUUUUUCUUUUUUUCCCUCUUCUUAAUGAGAGGUGGUUUUGUUGAAUUAACAUUUUUUCAAAGAUCUUAAACUUCAUAGUUGUUCUUUAUUAGCUUGUUCUGUAUGAUAGUUUCAUUUUUCUAGUUUAUUAAACUAGGUUAGGUGUGUGCAUUUCUUCAUUGUUAUCUGUUUAAACUUUGUUGCUGUUGAUAAACUCAUAAUUAAGCACUCCUUUUACUGUA